GCCGCGUCGUUCGGUCGCAGUUCAGUUGAUGAUCUUCCUUUCACCCGUACGGCACCGGGAGUGUUUUGACGUCGGUCUAUUUACACCCGUUUGAACGCCAGUCCACACGCUACACGAACUGGGGGAGCUAGCCAGCUGUCACCGCCAGUGGUGUCACCGCCAUCGUUAUCCGGUCCCCGCUCUUGCCUACAAUCACUGCCGAUUGUUGUGUUUUGUGAAUUGCGCUCACGUGUAAUUUGUGUGUUUGAGUGUGUGUGUGCGAACGUAUUUGUUUUGUCUGCCGCAAGACAAUAUUGAGUGUGGUGUACAGAACGUGUAUCGAGUACGGUACAACGCAUUUACAUGCAAAAUUUGCGUAUUGUGAAAGAUUGAUUAAUUUAUCAUUCCCAAGAGGAGAAAAAGGCUACAGAAAAGUGCAGUGAUGAUUUGCGUGCCGGAUGCAAAUAGUAUUCAACAAAGAUAGACGGAAGGAGAAAACCUCAAAAAAGACCUCCAGGGAAGUCCCUUUGCCCAUCGGUCCAUCGGCCCAUAGAAAUAGAAAGUGAACCUCAUGAAUAAAUCUUAGACUCCUUACUGCCUACAACCGAGAAGCAACAGAACGAACAAAAACUCGCACACAACCUUUAAUCCCGAGCAGUACGAGUCGCCGGCCGCCCGACUCAUAGCAGGAGAAACAGCAGAAGAAAGCAACGUGCGGUAGAAACAUCAAUUUAUCAACCGAACCAGCAGUUUGCUUCGUUUACUACGAAUCCUCUGUUCUGUCUGUCAUCGUUAUCAACAAGUUGGAAAGGAAAGCGGACGUUUUUGCGCGUGGGUUCUUCAGUUUGUUUUUACUGACGCGCUUUCGUACGCGUUCGUGGUGGUGGUUGUUUUUGGUGGGCCUGUUGGCCAUUUCUCAUCAUCCGAAUGUGUCUAUUAGUGAGUGAGCGUUCGGCAUCGACACCCGGCAUAAAGUGGAUGGCUCUGUAAAACAGCAGUGAGAACACGCACCCGAUAAGUGCCAGGAAUUGAUUUCUUCACGCGGUGGAUAAGUGUAGUUGUGGAUUGGAUAACUUCAAAUCGCGACACACCAACAAUCUGAUUGGCGAUAUUUGAAAGAGUUGUUGUUUGUUGAUGGCAAAGUGAGUGAGAGUUUUGAUCUCACAACAAGCCGGCUUGCGAGCAUAGGGAGCAUCAUCAUCAACCGCAAAGUGGUAGCAAUUGGACGACAAUUGCACAAUUCACCGUCUGAGCAACCGUUUUGGCGGCAGAUCGGUCGACCGGUUGAAGAACAGGAUAGGCUGUUUGUGAACAGAAUGGUAUCAAUCGGCGAGAAAGUGAAUCGAAGAAGCAAAAUGAAUAAGGUGUGGGUAGCGUUCGCCGUGUUCGGUGCAAUAUCCAUCCUGCCGGCAGCGUCGGGCCGCAUCGUUAAGCGCAGCUACUCGGAUCAAAGUGUGCGAGGCUAUCUGACGGAGCGUACCUGCUGGUGGAAUGAGGUGUGCAAAGAAGAAUUCCAGCAGCUGUUCCGCUGCCGAUGUCCACAGUGGUCGUACUGCAGAUCACCUGGCCGGUACUACAACGCGUACUGUUCUAUGACGAACACGGGCUACAUAUGGACGCAACCGACGUGGGACUGGGAGACAGCCUAACCACAGUGCCGGUCAAGUGUCGAGUGCUGCGUCAGCUCCACCAUUGUGGAGCCAGUAUGCGGAGUGCGGGGAAGGAUUACAUCAUAACGAGCGGGGCGGGGAGAGUGGGCUUUAAACGUUAAGCAUAUUGUUGCUAAUCCGGGAUUAUGUUGCAACUUACACCAAUUAGUCCGUUCAUUAAAAUGUGUGUGUGGAAGGAGCUUUUUGUGAAAGCUAGGUUGUUUCUUUGCGGUUGUUCGCUUUAAUAAAGUCGUUAAAAAAGUCUAUACAUAUUUUACAAUAUCAUAAACAGAAGCUUUUUUGUUGAUUUUGAAUAGUCCAAAUAUGUGUUCAUUGCUCGUUUAGGAUGAUUAAAAACAAUUUAUGUCUCAAAAUGUUCAAUGUUUGAUAGUUAAAAUAAAUAGCGCCAGAAAGUAUGCAAAUCUAAAAAUGCUUCAUUCGCAGCAGUUCAUCUACAAAAGACUAGGCGGCUCCAUCAUCAAAGCAACCGGCGAGAGCAGAACAGAAACAUUGCAUAUCUCUAGGCGCAUAAAAUUCCUCAAUCCAUUCAACAAUCAAUCACUGGAAAAAUUGUAAAACUUUCACCGCAGAACAAACAAUAAUUGGUUUCCCUAAAAAAAGAACAAAAACUUCUUAUAAAAAACUCAAAACGAAUGUUUCAAUCGAAACCAUUUUCAAACCGUAAGCAAAAGAAAAGAAGGCUAACCCCAUACAAACGUCGACCCAAAAGUAUUAUAUCAAAACGCACUAGGAGACCAAAACGUUUUAUAGACUUACAUUUUACACACAAAAAUGAAUAAAUCAACUUACAAAUCAGCAAACAGGAACAUCAAAUCAUGCGAGUGACGGACGAACAUUGUUCACUUUAUAUAGGGGGGAAAAUGCGUGAAAAUGUAUUAUAACAUUAUACAACAAACGUAGUGCAUUUCAUUGCCUUUUGUAGUGGGUUGUGUAUAGGGCUAGACAUUUUUUUUUUUUGGCUAGACAGGAGGAAGUGAGAUAUUUUUUCCUUCACAGAAAGGGAUGGAAGGAUUCGUUCGCUGCUACAUAGUUUACACUAUUUUAAAAACUAGUGUCAGUGCCGGUAGAAGAGUUUUUUUGGGUUUCAGUUUCAAUUUGAAUGUAGGGAUACAAAAAUUGUGAAAAAAAUGUUUUGCUUUUGGUCAAAGUUUAUUUAAAAGCCAAAUGCUUUCCAAUCAAAAAGAAUAAUAAUGAUAGGAGAAUAACAACACGAAAGCUCAUGUUGAAAUGUUUAGUUGAAUAGCGAGUUUUAAUGUUAUGCAAUUGAAUAAAAAUUCGAAAAUAAAAAAUAUGAAAUUU